UCCAUCACAAAUCAAAGCGAUGAAGGAAGCUUUCAUGGAUAUUCUGGCAGCACCACAGCCACUUCGUUUCUGCUUCCAUGGCUACUCCUCUAGCCACUCAAUUUUUCUCCCCGUUGGCUCUUAGCGCCACCAGGAACCGCCAUUGGCGUUCGAAUAUCCGUCUCGAUUCGAGAUAUGGUAGUAGUUUAGAUUUUAAUGGAACCCAUAAGUUGAUUCUAUCGAAGUUCAGCACAUCGAGGGUGCCCAGCAGAAUUUCCGGACACAGUACGAGGUUCUUACAAAUGGGUGAUGAACAGCCCAGCUUCGGGAGAAGCCUCUUGGCUCAAGCUACGGGUGGUGCAGAGAUCGGAAAUCCCCCAACGAUCUCUCAAAACGUGUUUGCGGUAAUGCACUUGCUGGUCUCACUGGGGAUCAUACUUGCAACCGACAAGUUCUUGAAACAGGCCUUUGUCGCUGCAGCGAUCAAGUUCCCGAGCGCUUUGUUUGGGAUGUUCUGUAUUUUCUCUGUCCUGAUGAUCCUCGAUACUGUUGUUCCUGCUGCAGCUACGAGUUUGAUGAAUUUCUUCGAGCCUGCGUUUCUGUUCAUCCAGAGAUGGCUUCCACUGUUCUACGUGCCAUCUCUGGUCGUUCUUCCUCUCUCUGUUAGGGACAUCCCGGCUGCUUCUGGGGUCAAGAUUUGCUACAUUGUAGCCGGUGGGUGGUUGGCAUCUCUUUGUGUGGCCGGGUUUACAGCUAUUGCGGUGAGGAAAAUGGUGAAUACCCAGAUGACAGAGGCUGAGCCUAUGGCAAAGCCUUCUCCAUUUUCGGCACUGGAACUAUGGUGUUGGAGUGGAAUCUUCAUCAUAUCGUUUGCUAGUGCUCUGUUUUAUCCAACCGUGCUAGGGACGAGUGCUCGAACAUGUCUUCCUUUCCUUCUCGCAGCUACCGUUCUAGGCUACAUGGUCGGUUCAAGGCUUCCUUCUGGUGUGAAGAAAGUUUUCCAUCCGAUAAUCUGUUGUGCAUUAUCUGCUGUUCUUGCUGCUCUGGCUUUCGGAUAUGCUUCUGGGUCCGGACUUGAUCCUGUUCUAGGAAACUAUCUUACCAAAGCGGCAUCCGAUCCGGGCGCUGGUGACAUUUUAAUGGGUUUUCUUGGAUCUGUUAUUCUCUCUUUCGCUUUCUCCAUGUUCAAACAAAGAAAGCUCGUGAAGAGGCAUGCCGCCGAGAUCUUCACAUCAGUAAUUGUCUCCACUGUAUUCUCAUUGUACUCAACUGCUAUCGUUGGACGUCUAGUGGGGUUGGAACCUUCUUUAACGGUCUCGAUCCUUCCACGGUGCAUCACUGUUGCAUUAGCUCUCAGCAUAGUCUCUCUCUUUGAAGGCGCGAAUUCGUCUCUCACAGCUGCGGUAGUUGUAGUGACUGGUCUGAUCGGAGCAAACUUUGUACAGGCAGUUCUAGAUGCACUUCGUCUACGUGAUCCAAUUGCUCGAGGUAUCGCAACUGCUUCGAGUGCUCAUGGACUUGGAACAGCAGCUUUGUCGGCUAAGGAGCCAGAAGCUCUUCCCUUCUGUGCCAUUGCUUAUGCUCUGACUGGAAUCUUUGGAUCACUGUUAUGCUCGGUUCCCGCCGUUCGGCAGAGCUUACUGUCGAUCGUCGGAUGAAGAAUGAUGACGUGGCGAACUGCCAUUGGUGGGUGGGAUCGUGGUGUCGGGAACUGGUGAGUUGCUACAAGUGAAAGGCAUUUGGUUUCGAUGAAUGAACUGAUGAUGAUGAUGGCAAAUUCUUCAGCUGUUUGAUAUAAUAUGUAAAUUUUGUGAAUUUGUAUAAAUGUUUUAUGAGAAAAAAUUUGUUUUUAAAUAAGGUAUUACAUUUUAUA